AUGAUGAAGUUGAGAUCAAAAAGGUUCUCCAGAAGCAAUUCUAAGAUAGGUAAAGGUGGCAGCGCAAGUGGUGGCAAAGGGUGUGUAACCGCCGGUGAAAUCAAAUGGGAAGUUCGUCCCGGUGGUAUGCUUGUUCAAAGGAGAGACUGUGGAGAAGGUGUUGGACACGGGACGAUUACAGUUAGAGUCUCAACUGUUUCACAGUGGCAUGAUAUAUCCAUCCAAGCAACUUCAACAUUUGGGGAAUUGAAGAUGAUACUGUCAUUAGUGACUAGCUUAGAACCAAAAGAACAAAGGGUAUUGUUCAAAGGGAAGGAGAGAGAAGAUUAUGAACACCUGCACAUGGUGGGUGUUAGAGACAAGGACAAGAUGCUGUUGUUAGAAGAUCCAGCCAUCAAGGAGAUGAAACUCCUUCAAUUGACUGGAGGAGCAGCCAUUGGGACUCCUUAUCGGACCAUUAGGGUCUAA